AUGUUGCUCAAUUCCACCCGCUCUCAAAAUAUCCAUGAAACUAUAAAGGAGCUGAAGUACCCUGCCGAGACGGGUCGACAUAUUGCAACAAUUCUCGGUUUUCCAUCCAUAUGCUCGCUGCCUUCGUCUCAUCACAGCGUGGCGUGUAGUGAGAUCAUUGGGCUGGCAGUGGCGGUUUCCCACUUCGAGCCCGUUCGCUUGUAUACAAGACCAGAAGAAAUUUCACUCGCGCAAUCAAUGCUCUCGAAUACCACCCGAGGAAGUUAUGAGAUUGAGAUCAUUCCAUUCGCAACCAACCAUCUCUGGGUGCGUGAUACAGGGCCUGUAUAUGUGCAGGGAGCCACGACAAAAUCAGAAAAACAGCGGGUUGCCAUCCACUUCGGAUUCAAUGAAUGGGGAAGGAAGGGUGUUGCCGAGGGGUGGCCUCGAAUGACGGCCGAUCAGAUCCAGGAGAACCACACGUUUGCAAAGCAAGUGACGGACUCAGACAGCGAUUCGUCAUCUUUGAUUAGUAUCACAUCCAAGGUGUGUCUGGAAGGUGGAGCGCUCGUAAGCGACGGAGAUGGCACCCUGAUCGUGAGCGAGAGCAGUAUUAUUGGCGACAAGCGAAAUCCAGGGGUUUCAAAAGACGAGAUUGAAGAAGAAUUGCGGUGGCUUUUAGGGGUUAAGAAAAUUAUCUGGUUUUCUGGCUUCCGAGAUCUGGAUAUCACGGAUGUGCAUGCCGAUGCUGAGGUCCAGUUUGUUCGGCCAGGAGUGGUAGUCAUCUCCCGGCCGCAUGCGAGUGCUCGAAAAGAAUGGCAUGAGGUCUAUCAACAGGUCUUGGAUGUCCUCCGCGGUGAGCUAGACGCGAGGGGUCGCCAGUUCGAAAUUCACACAAUCGAUGAGCCAAAUCCAAAACUGGUUCUGACCUCGGGCCUAGGAUACGAAGAGGAUCCUGCCACAAACUAUGUGAACUUUUACUAUGUCAACGGCGGAGUGAUCCUUCCAAAGUUUGGCGACGAGGAGAUGGAUAGAAAGGCAUUGGAGACGAUGCAAAAACUGCAUCCGGAUCGAAUUGUCAGGCAGCUCCAUGUCAAUGCACUUCCUCUAACUGGUGGGGUGAUCCAUUGUGCAACUCAGCCCGUCAUUGAGGUUCGGUGA